ACAUGGCGGCCCUCUGGCGGUUAGGUGUCCUCUGCGGUGCCCAAGGAGGCCGAGCUCUGUUGUUCCGAACCCAGGUGGUCAGACCUGCUUGUGUCUCAACAAUUCUUCAGGACCCACCUUCUAUAAGAUUCAGUGGGCUGCAGCAUAUUCAUCUGUCACCCAGCCGUCAUGCUGGUUCCAAGGCUGCAUCUCUCCACUGGACUGGUGAAAGGGUGGUCAGUGUUUUGCUCCUGGGCCUGCUUCCAGCUGCUUAUUUGAGUCCUAGCUCUGCAGUUGACUACUCCCUGGCUGCAGCCCUCAGUCUUCAUAGCCACUGGGGCCUUGGACAAGUUGUUACUGACUAUGUUCCAGGGGCUACAACACAGAAAGCUGCCAAGGCAGGUGUUUUGGCAAUCUCAGCAUUAACCUUUGCUGGUCUCUGUUAUUUCAACUAUCAUGACGUGGGCAUAUGCAAAGCUGUUGCUAUGCUGUGUAAGCUCUGAUCUUUUUGACUUAUACCCUGAGGAUUGAUUGUAUACCUCUUUGCCUCUGCUCUCUCAUGCCAUUCAACUCACAAUAAGGAGGAAAUAACAGAUAAGUUCUUUGGUGAGAUACACCUUUUCUGAUCAUCUGGUUAUUUAAGAAUUUAAUCUUUGAGGAAAUUAUUUUUGAGGAGAGGUUUGAAAGGAAUUACAUUAAAAAUAUAGUAUGGCCAUGGUAGAGUGCAGCUUUGCAUGUAUUGGCCCUGGGUUCAAUUCGUGGCACCAAAAAAAGAAAAAAAUUAUGAGACUGGAUUCUAUAUUUUGGUGAGUAAAUGACUCUCCCAGCUUUCUACAAGAUUCUCUUUAAAAAUCACUAUAUAACACACAUGAGCUUUUAUCUUUUAAUUUAUCAAACUCUCAUAAGGAACUUAUUUUUAUUAUCAGUACCUAGCCAGACUUAAUAUUUGUCCUGGGGAUGAUGGAGAGGGGAAACAUUGUUGUUUCAUAAAGUCUUUGUAUAUGUUCUUUUCCCUGCCAAAUUAUCAAUAAGGUUUGAUGAUGGAUAAAAAGACAACAGAAUUUUAGCAAUACUUAAAUUUUGAAAAAUUCCCCUAUGUUCUGUUGAUAACAGUUAAUGAUGAUUACAUGUCCUAAGAGAAAUUUAAAAGGAGAAAAUUCUUU